GUAGGAAAAUGCGACACUAUUGAUUCUCUGAGGCGCCAACGUGAACACCCAAGACGACGGCGGGCAAACCCCAUUGCACCAGGCAGCUCUGCACGGACUGGAAGAGAUCGUGGAUAUUCUGAUACGAAGCGGAGCAGAUAUUGAUGCGAUGACUGCAGGUCACGAAACCGCACUGCACCUAGCCUGUGUGAACGGCCACGCUGCCGUGAUUGAUGUCCUUCUGAAAGCCAGGGCUGAUGUGACCGCACAAUUAAACCGAGGAUCGCCAAUACACUUGUCACUGGGGCGCUUGUCGACCGAACCAACAACGCACCUAUUACUCACCCAAGGGCCCACAUCGAUGACAGAGAACUCGACGGAGUAACCCCUCUGAUGUUCGCUGUUGACCUCAGACAAGACCCCCUCAUAGAGCUUCUAGUCCGUGGUGGGGCAAACGUGGACGCAGUGCCCACGCCCAGCAGAAAGACGGCGCUCCACAUCGCUGCUCAGCAGGGUCUGGACGUCACCACCCUCCAAAUAUUAAUGGACCACGGAGCAGAGCUCAAUGCUAGGGGCGAGCGGCCCCAAGGUGAGACUCCGUUGCACAUCGCAGCCCAGCACGGCCAGCACACCGCUGUACAGUUCUUGCUCGCGUCAGGAGCGGACGUGCGGGCUUGCGACGCCAAUGGCGAGACGGUGCUGCACCGCGCUGCCGUUCCCUGGGAGGCAAGUGUGGCAAUGUGGCUUCUGGACCAAGGCGCCGAUAUUGACGCCACGACACAUGACGACACGACGCUCUCGUUGACGGCCCUCUGUGGGGAGAACAAGGCGGUCGAGGCUAAGAUACAGGAAGGCGCCUCCAGCGACGAUGUCAACCGAGCGCUGCUCUUCGCAGCUGGCGGUGGUCAUGUCGGUGUGAUGGAGACUCUGGUCCGUGCUGGAGCUUACUCGGAACAUGAGCAGAAUCGUGUCCGUUAUAUAUGUUUGCAGAGAGAAACCAGGUGUCCGCGGUACAGUGGCUGUGCGCAGCUGGUGCUGAUAUCAUGGCGCGAAAUGAUAGAAGUGAGAUGGCCUUAAAUGCUGCUUGUUUUGGGGGGUAUUUGGAAGUUGUCGAAGUGCUUCAUGAGGCGACAUAAUCUGGGGUCGGUUCUGUAUGGCUUCCUUGAUUUU